CACCUCCUGCACCCCCUCCUUAUCCGCUCAAGUCCGCGGGGCCUCGCCGCAGUACUUUGAAUUGAACGCGCUAUCUCGCACUCCGGUCCAGCCCUUUACUUGGCCUUGAAUGAUUAUUCACGUGUUGUCAGUCUCAUAUCCGAGCCUUACGACGGAAAGCGGCGAAGUAGUGUUAUUUUCAAAGAAAAUGUGGGAAAGUGGAAGAAACUAGUCGGUCUGGGCGGGUGGGUUGCCUAUACUCGGUCGGGAAAGUCACCGAUACGAACGAGACUGUACCAAAACAACGGCGGGAAAAAUAGUUACCUGGCCAUUGUAGAUCAACUUUGUGUAAAUGCUCUGCUACCGCCAAUUAUUUUUGGAUAUCAUGAAGGAAGUUUACAGCCGUUUCUCGCAUUUAUUGGAUCAUUCGGCAAAACAACCAGAGCUCGGCGCCUGCGAGCCUCGGGGUAGGCCACCCCGCAGUACACGCAUGCACUGUAGGCAAACUGUUGCCUACCCAUCGGGCGCUAUGUGGCCUUGCAUUGACUGAACUUAACUAGACUUCAAUAAAACCAUUUUAAAAACUGAAAAACUGACUGAACUUUUCACUUUCGAAACUGGAUGAUCCCACCACAAUACGGGCAAUAAUUUAAAUCUAGUCUUUUCCCUGGGGUACCACAUUAAUUUUGUGUUGUUCGUCUCCCUUUUGUAAACGUUUUUUAAGAAAGAGGAAACAGCCCUAUUAGUAGUAAAGGGUCCGCCACCCGUGCUAUUAUCCGAAACCCGCGAGCGAGCAGUCGCGGCUCGUCACCUCUCGGAGCUGGUCGGGGUCGGCCGGGUGGUGCGCGGCGAGCGCGCGCUUGUUUGACGAAGUCCAACUCUCUAGUCGAGCCCAAACACCUGCGCGGAAUGGCUGCAAGUUCCCUUCUCAUGUUUCCCCUCGCGGGCUGCGCGGCCCUCGCCGCCCUGGUGAUCGCCUCCGCGGACGCUGCGGCGCUGGCCUCCCCGGGAGCAGAGCUCAUCGCCGACCCUCCCACCCUCCGAGCUAGACGGCAGACGACGCGGUACGACCAGGACUCUUCCGUGGACGAGGACGACUGGGCGGCUCGCGCGCAGCAGGCCGUCACCCGCUACCAGAACGCCGUCAAUAGGGGCUGGAUGCCGGCGAACUCCGAGGAGGAGGACGCCGCCAGGAGGGCCGUCGCCAGCAGCAAUAACAACAACAACCGGAACCAGCAAGGCACCUCCUCCUGGUCCUCACCUCAGCAAGGCCGCACCCGGACGCGCACAAGCAGCAGCAGCAACAACGGCAACCCCUCCUCGGCGCGUCAGACGAGCAGCGGGAGUAACGGGUACCGCCCCAGCUACGGCACGGCCGCCGACGACCAGGGGUACGCGACGCGCAACGCGUGGGGCAACACCAACGGCAACAACGGCGACACCAACAGUGUGUUCGGCGGCGACAGCGGCGGCGGCGUGUUCGGCAGCAACGGCGGCGGUCUGUUCGGCAACCGCCCUAGUAUCAUCGGUGGCCUCAUCAGGCGCCUCGGCUUCGGCUUCGCCAACACGGUCCAGGGCGUGUCCUCGGCCCUCGCCAACAAGUGGAACACCAAGGCGUCGGCCGCGAGGGCCUUCGCGUCGUCCCUCCUGAACACGGGCCGCGUGGGCCUCAACUCGGGGCUCCAGGCGGGGCUGGCCCACCCCCGCUUCGCCAUGGAGGCCGUGGAGAACGUCUUCUAGCCGGGAGGGGACUCUCAAAGUGAUCGUUGAAACGUGAUCAACGCGUUAUUUUCGCAUUCAAACAUUCAUUUUGUUAAAAGUUGUUUUCUUUCACAAAACUAAUAAACUACUAGAAACGAAAUUCAA